UGGGCUUCCUUCUAAUUUAGUUUUUUCUCCUUCUCCCCCACCCCCACUCCCAACCUCCCCCAACCCUGGUCCCCCACCUCCUCUACCACCACCUUCUUUUUCAAAAAGUGGGUGAAGGGGGAAGCAGAGCACACAGGGGCCAGGCUGCGGAGGCAGAGAAGAUGGGACUCCUCAGCGUAGACUUGCUGAUCACACUGCAGAUUCUGCCAGUCUUUUUCUCCAACUGCCUCUUCCUGGCGCUCUAUGACUCGGUCAUUCUACUCAAGCACGUGGCGCUGCUGCUCAGCCGCUCCAAGUCCACUCGCGGAGAGUGGCGACGCAUGCUGACCUCAGAGGGACUUCGCUGUGUCUGGAAGAGCUUCCUCCUAGAUGCCUACAAACAGGUUAAAUUGGGUGAAGAUGCCCCCAAUUCCAGCGUGGUGCAUGUGUCCAAUCCUGAAGCAGGUAGCAAUUAUGCCUUGGAGAAGACAGCUGAUGGGGCAGAAUGUCACCUCCUUGACUUUGCCAGCGCAGAGCGCCCAUUGGUGGUCAACUUUGGUUCAGCUACCUGACCACCUUUCACGAGGCAACUGCCAGCCUUCCGCCAGUUGGUGGAGGAGUUCUCAUCAGUGGCCGACUUCCUGUUGGUAUACAUUGAUGAGGCUCAUCCUUCAGAUGGCUGGGCAGUGCCUGGGGACUCCUCUCUGUCUUUUGAGGUGAAGAAGCACCGGAGCCAAGAGGACCGAUGCGCAGCAGCCCACCAACUCCUGGAGCGUUUCUCCUUGCCGCCCCAGUGUCAAGUUGUGGCUGACCGCAUGGACAAUAAUGCCAACGUAGCUUACGGGGUAGCCUUUGAACGUGUGUGCAUCGUGCAGAGACAAAAAAUUGCUUAUUUAGGGGGGAAGGGCCCCUUCAGCUACAACCUCCAAGAAGUGAGGAGUUGGCUGGAGAAGAACUUCAGCAAGAGAUGAAUUCUAGAUUAGCUGGUUUAAAGGUGUGAUUGUAAUAGUGUUUAUUAUUUUAAAAAAAUAUGUAAAAGAAGUUGAGAACUGAACUGAAUCUACUAUUUCAACUGAAUCCCAUUGCCUCACUGAAAGACAGGGGUAUACCUGUCAGUAAACAAACCUCUGAACAUUUCAAUACUUCCUUUAGUACACAAAUGGCAUCAGGAUAAAUAGCAGCCCUGUUACCUCCCAUCUGAGUGAACUGAUCCAAGCUGGAGUGGAAGAAACCAUGAUUCAGUAUGUGUUCAUCCUUGCUUGCAAAAGAAGUGACUCUGCUAUAUGUGUGCUUUGGGACCAGAGGACAAGAGUUCCCUAAAUACCUAAUGUUAAGGGAAGCUACUACCUAUGACCUGAUGUAUUGUCUCAGCUUUAGUCAUCAGGAACAAACCCAACUGGAAACUCCCCCAAAACUUACUUAUAAUGUGAUCUUGAAGCCAUGAUGUGCACUUAGGACUGAGGUGUUAGUUCUAGUCAUGCAAUGCCUUGUGCUAGUAUCUGUAGCCCAGAAUUCCCAAGUGUG